CAUUACCAGCGACUGUCGACAAGUGAGUCUGGUGGAACCGAGUCGCGAGCGACUGUGAUCCAAAGGGGAAGCUGAUAACACCGUUCAGGACCGAGCUGGGUGUUCAAUCUUCCCAUGAGAUGACAAUGCGUCACGAUCAUCAUGGAUCACCUGGUGUUCAUCAACAAGCUCAUCGAAUGCCUGCACGUCAUUUCCAUCAACAGCCGCAACAGCAUCAACAGGCGUUCCGACCGCCUGGGCUGCAUCCGGCUUCGCAGCAGAGUCGUCAGGCAGGAUACGGUGGACCGAAUGGCGGAAUUCCACCAAACCACGCGAAUGGCUCGUUCAAUGGACCUCGACCGUACGGUCGCCCGCCUCAGCAGUCUCAGCCCCAUGGUGCUUCGGGUAUGAAUCCGUAUGGAGGACGCCCGAUGAACGGAAUGGGUCAGCACGCUGGUCCACCUGGGCAAGGGCUUGACGGUCCUCCAUCUGGUCCAAGUGGACUCCUCAAUGGAUCAUCAACGCAUGGUCCCCCGCGUCAUGGUUUACCAGCCAAAGUUCCCGCUCCUCCCUUCAAUCUUGCUGGAUCCAAGGUUAUACCCCCUGCUCCAUUCAACCUGGCACCAGGUCCCCGAUCAGGAUAUAGCGGUCACAGUGGUCAGCAUCAACAUCGUGGGAAUCGACCGAAUCAUGGGAAUCAAGGAUACGGACAACAUGGUCCACCUGGAAUGCAUGGGUCUCCGGGGAUGCACUGGAAAGGUCCGCCACCGCCGCCACCACCACCCCCUGGACCUUUGUCCCUUCCAGGAGGGGGAGGAGGUGCAGCAGCAGGAAUCAAACGCCCCGGAGAUGUAUCUGGAGGACAUGCCCACUAUCGAGAUUAUAAACGACCCAGAGCGGAUGAUUAUCAGCGGGAACCUGGGGAACUGGAUGAUUUGCCUUAUGACUAGAACAGACAUGUCAAGUGUGUGUGGCUGGGGUUUGUCAUAGUUUUGUGUCAUCGUCACAGUGUCAUCAGACAUAGUAAUGUCAUAUGGGGAUCUUGCAGAUCUAUAACCAAAUGAGUAGAACGCCAUCCCGUAGCCACCCACCCACCCUAUUUCGUCAUUCGACGCCAAGCAGGCUACAGUCUGGUAUAGUGUGUCGGCGAUCUCCGCUACAUUGACGCCCAGUCACCGGAUGCAGUAAUAGUGGCAGCC